AUGCCUGAUAUAGAAAUUUUUGUGUAUUACAAUGUCAUCACUUCAAAAUUAUCUUGGCCAUUACGAAAUACGUACCACCACGAAAGGGUGGUAACUACCAAAAAAUUCAGAACCAAAGGAAAUGUUAGCAAUCACCAGAAAGACUAUGAACAAAUAGAAGAAAUAAAAUUUUCUG